AUGAAAACAUUACUUCUACUUUAUCUAUGUUUGAAACUUUCUAUUUCAAAACAAAUAUUAAAUCUUUCCUCAUCAAAUGAAAUAAAAUGGCAAUUUGAAUCUUCAGAUGGUAAUUAUAAAGGUGAUGCAAUUAUUCCUGGUCAUAUAUUUGGAGAUUUAGAAAGAUUAUCUAUAAUACCAAAUACUUUAUAUUCAAUAAAUUAUAUUAAAAAUCAAUGGGUUAGUUAUAAAACAUGGAUAUUUACAACAAAAUUUGAUGUUGAUAAAAAUUUAUUAAAAUCAUUUUAUCAAAAACUUUAUCUAAAUGAAAUUGAUACGAUAGCAGAUGUCUUUAUGAACAAUAUAUUAAUUAGUAAUCUUGCCAAUCAGCAUAAGAAAAAUGUAAUAAAUCUUUUAUCAAAUACUUUUCAAACUAUAUUGAAAGAAAAAAAUAAUAAUCUAACAAUAGUAUUUUAUUCAAACCCUAAAUAUGGAGAAAAAGCUUUUAAUGAUUAUAAAAAUAUACAUGAAAUAAUAUUGUAUCCUGAAUCACAACCAUCAAUUAUUAAAGGUUUAAAUCAUGUAAAUUUUAUUAGAAAAAAUCAAGCAUCAUUUGGUUGGGAUUGGGGUCCAUCAAUUGAUAGUGUUGGAAUAAAAAAAGAUAUUUUUAUUAUUUUUGGUGAAGAACAAGAUAAUAUAAUUAUUGAAAACUUAUUUUCUACUAUAAAUAGUUAUGAUAAUUACUUUAUAAUUAAUGUUAAAGCAAAUAUUUGGGGUAAUAAAAUAAAAAAUAAGAAAGUAUCAUUUACACUACCAGAAAUAGGUUUAAAAAAUGAAGUUUUAAUUAAAAAUUCAGAACAAACAGAAGUUAAUACAACUUUUAAAGUACUAAAAAAGAAUGUUAAACUUUGGUGGCCAGUUAAUUAUGGAAAUCAAUCAUUGUAUACAUUAUAUGCUUCAACAGAAAAUUUAAUUCAGCAAAAAAUUAGAAUAGCAUUUCGAAGUGUUAAAUUAAAUCAAGAUUUUAUUGAUGAAAAAAAUUUUAAAAAAGGAAGAAAUUUUUAUUUUAUUAUCAAUGAUAUACCAAUAUUUUUAAAAGGAACUAAUUAUAUUCCUAUUAAUAUUACAGAUACUGGAGAUGGUAACCAAAAUUGGGAAAGAAAAAAAUAUUUACUAAAAUCUUUAAUUAAAAGUAAUAUGAAUUCAUUAAGAAUUUGGGGUGGUGGUACUUAUGAAACAGAUAAAUUUUAUGACUUAGCUGAUGAACUAGGAAUACUUAUAUGGCAUGAUUUGAUGUUUGCAUGUGCCUUAUAUCCAAUAGAUGAAAAUUUUAUAAAAAAUGUUAAUGAAGAAAUCAGACAACAAAUUUUAAGAUUAUCUCAUCAUCCAAGUAUUAUUAUAUGGGCUGGUAAUAAUGAAAAUGAAAUAGGAUUAAGAAAAUGGUGGAAUACUAAUAAAAAACAUUAUGAAGAGUAUAAAAUUUUUUAUAUUAAUAAUAUUAAAAAAAUUGUUACAUCAAUAGACUCUUCAAGACCUUUUGUUAUUAGUAGUCCAAGUAAUGGUAUUAAAACAGAAGAAGAUGAUGGAAUAUCUUUGAAUCCAAUGUCUGAAUUGUAUGGUGAUAUUCAUUAUUAUAAUGAUUUUUCAAAUCUUUGGAAUACUUCAACUUUUCUUAUUCCUCGAUGUUCAACAGAGUACGGUAUUCAAUCUUAUCCUGAUCCUGAGACUAUGAAAAGAUAUCUCGGAAUGGAUUACAAACCAUUUAAUAACAAAUUAUUGUCUAGACAACAUCAUAAUUUAGGAGAAAUAGCAUUACAAGCACUGAUUCUUGGUCAUUUUAAAAUAAAUUUUAAUUAUACAUAUAAUGAUUAUUUACCCCGAUUUACUUAUUUAACACAGGUACACCAAGCUAUAGCUAUUGAAAAACAAUCAUUACACUAUAGAUCAUGGAGAUCAAAAAUUAAUUCAGAAGGAAAAGGUCAUACAAUGUGUGCAAUGUUUUGGCAACUUAAUGAUGUUUGGGCAGCUCCAUCCUGGAGUAGUAUAGAUUUUAACUUAAAAUGGAAACCAUUAAUGUAUCAUGCAAAACGUUUCUUCAAUGAUAUUGUAAUAUUUCUUGAUGUUAAAAAUAACAAUUUAUUAAUUAAUAUAAUUAAUGAUAAAAAUUAUGAUAUUUACAACGCAACAAUCAAAAUAUAUACAUAUGCAUGGGAAUCUAAUUUAAAUCCAAUAUAUAUUGAAAAAAUUAAAAUAUCAAAAAUUUCAAAAUUAAGUUCAACUGAUAUAAAAUAUCCUCAAAGAAUUAAUCGUAUUGAGGAGUAUUUUAUUAGUUCAAUAAUCGUUUCAGAAAAAGAAGAAGAAUUAUCACCAAUUUCUUAUUUAUAUCCAGAUAAAUUUUUUAAUGUUCCAUUUAUUAAUAAUACUUUGGAAAUUGAAGAGGUAACUAAAGUAGACAAAAAUAAUUAUGAAAUAAUUUUAAAAUGUCAAAAUAUUAUUCCACUAGUAUGGAUAGAUUUAUCAGAAGAAAUAAAAAGAACUAAUCCUGACAUUAUUUAUGAAUUUAAUGAUAAUUCUUUUAGUAUGGUUACUUUUAAAAAAAUAUUAAAAUUAAAAAUUGUUUCAAAUAGUUAUAAUAUAAAACUAUCAAAAAGCGAUUUAAUUGUAUGUUUUUUAGACACAUGUGGUUUUAGUAGUUAA